AUGAGCGAGCUUUCCUACAUGCCCGCCACGGAACUUGCCCAGGCCAUUCGGUCACGGCAGGUGUCAUCGGUCGAAGUAACCGAGCAUUUCUAUGAGCGCAUCAACAGGCUGGAUCCACAACUGAACUCAUAUUUGGCCCUCUGCCAGGACCAGGCGCUGGCCGAUGCCCGCGCUGCCGACGACGCUGUAGCCCGCGGCUGGGCACUGGGGCCCCUGCAUGGCAUCCCCAUCUCCAUCAAGGACCUGGAGAUGAGCAAGGGCAUUCCCACCACUCUCGGCUCGUACCUGUUCCGCGACCGCACCCCGGAAAUCGACUCCAUAGUGGUCGAGCGGGUCAAAGCCGCUGGCGCAAUCGUGCUCGGCAAGACCAACACGCCAGAGUUCGGACAGUCCGGCACCACCGAGAACAAGGUGAGCGACCCCUGCCGCAAUCCAUGGAACACCAACCACUCGCCCGGCGGCUCCAGUGGCGGCGCCGGCGCUGCCCUCGCCGCCGGUCUGUGCACCAUCGCCACUGGCAGCGACGGCGGCGGCUCCAUCCGCAUACCGGCCAGCUUCAGCGGCGUCUUCGGAAUCAAGCCCACCCAGCACCGCGUGCCCCGCUACGGCGGCUACGGUCGCCCCGCCGCCAACCACUUCUCCCAGUCCGGGCCCAUGAGCCGCACUGUCGCCGACACGGCCCUAUUGCUCCAGGCACUGGCCGGUCCCGACAGCCGCGACCCCAACUCCCUGAAGGAGACACCCCCGGACUUCAGCGCCGGUCUGGCCCGGGGCGUCGAGGGGAUGCGGAUAGCUUGGAGCCCGGAUUUCGGCUACGCCGGCGUCGACCCCGAGGUGGCGGAGAUCACUGCCCGCGCCGCCCGGGUCUUCGAGGAGCUUGGAGCCAUCGUCGAGGACGCGCCUCUGCAGCUUGAAGACCCCUUUGACUCCUUCUUCGAUGUGUUCGCCACCGCCGCCUAUACGUCAUACGGGCAUCUGCUGGAGGAGCACCGGGACGAGUUCUCGCCGCCAGCCCUGCACUCCCUCGAUCACGGCGCCCGCGUGGACGGCGCCCGGCUCUCCCGCGCCAUACUGCACGUCGACCGGUUGGGUCGGCAGAUGGAGGACUUCUUCGAUACCUACGAUCUCCUCCUCUCCCCAACGAUGGCAACCCCGGCCCUGGAGAUAGGCACGCGGCCCUCGGUCAUCGGCGGCAGGGAGGUCGACCCCCAGUGGGGAUUCCUUCCCUUCACCUACCCCAUCAACAUGACCGGGCAGACCGCUUCCAGCGUCCCCUGCGGGUUCUCCUCUGGAGGGUUGCCCAUCGGCCUUCACAUCGUCGGCCCCCGCCAAGCCGAGGCAAGGGUCCUGCAGGCCUCGGCGGCCUACGAGCGCGCCCGCCCCUGGGCCAACAAGAUCCCUGCCGGCUUCGAGUAA